AUGGACAUCGAGGAGCAAAUUGAAAAAGCAGAGAAAUUGGAAACGCCAUCGUUGGUGGGUCUGUCGAUCCGUUCGGCCGACGACCUGGUGCAUCAAAACUACAUCCACCCAGAGAAGUACAAGGGCCGUUCCAAAAGCAAGCCCAAGAAACACCUGAUCUUGGACCUGUCAAUUGGGGCGUCUUUGGACGAUUUGAUCAAUGAGGGUGCGCUUCUAGGCUCUGAAGAGGAUUUCGACAAGUUUUUGGACGAUACGGGCAAGAUCAAGUCGGAUGCUAAGUACGCUCCUGAAAAGAAGAAACCCCAGGAGGAAUCUUCCAGUGAAAGCACGCCGCAGAAAGAGGCCCCAAAGGCUUCAGACGAGCCUUUGGAACCACAGGUCAAGUUGAGCUCUGUGGAUCCUGAAAGUGUGCCCAUUUCUGCGCUGUCAACCGUGGACAAUGAAAAGACAGAGCCCAAGGAGGAUCUGAUCUACGAAAACGACGACUUCUCCGCCCCCAAUUUGUCCGAAUACCAGCUCGAUCACCAGAUCGCAGACCAUUCGGACUUGUUGAGCUCGGUCCAGUCUUAUGAUCUCAGCAAGUUGCCCUCUUCAAACGAUAGAGAGCGCUCCAAAAGUAAUAAUCUUGCAGACUUGCCAGCUCGUGUUCCUUCGAAUACGAGAGCUUCGCCUGCAAGAAGAGCCCCUGCCUUGGGUAAACAAUUGGACUUUGGUGAGAACGCCAACAUCAGACUGUCAGACUCAUUGCACAGUCCGUAUUUUGCUUCGUACGAGAGGUCUCCAAGCAGGUCCAGAACUGGGUUCAGGGAUAAGUCAUCCGACAGAGACACCAGGCUGACAUCUUCUUCAACCACCUCCAAUCCACAUUUGGCCCGUGGCGAUACCUACAAGAACAUUCACCCUGACACUCCUCUCAAGUAUGAACGUCCAGCUGAUUUUGAUGUGGACGAGGAAGAGGAGGAUAGCAGAGCUACUAGACAUUCGAAGCCCACCAUGGGUGAGUCCAUCGCUGCCGCUGAGGAGGAGAACCUCAAGGCCUUCCAUGGUGAGCAAGGUCUCACUAGGGAUCCAUCCUUGGUGACCACCGGUGACUACACUAAUUUCAAUGUGGACACCGUGAACCACAAUUUGGAUGAGGCGUCUUUGUAUUCUGUAAGAUCAGAAUCUUCAACGAAUUACUUGAGAAGCAUCUCCAGAUCAAGGUCCAGGCAGCCUAGACACAAUGUCGAUUCCAUCAACGAGAAGAACGAUGCUAACCAUGAGGAGCUCGCACAGGAGGGAGCCUUGAUCAGCGACGAUCCGUUUGACCAAGUUGAGGACCUCGACAACGUCAUGAAGAACGUCGUGAGUCCUUCCAAGAAGCAAGAUGCCUCUGACAUAGCCGACUCCCAGAAGAAGCCAGCAGAAAAGGCGCCAAGCUUGGCUGAAACCUCCAUCACUGAAGAUGCUGAACCAAAGGCGACCACUGCGUUGACUUCAGAGGAAAUCGAGGAAGAGAGCAAGGAUACCAUUGAGGCUGACGAGUCGAGCAAGGACAUUUCCAAGCAUGACGAGUCCAGCAAUAUUCCUCUCUCGAAGAAGUCCCAAUCGGAGGCCUUGAGCGAAGACACUUCUGCAAAGGAAGCUAUCGAAGAGGAAUCUGAAAAAGCCCCUGUCAGCGAUGUUGCCGCAGAAGAGAAGGACGCUGAAACGAAGGAGCAGCUCAUUGAUGAGUCUGCACCAACUGUUACUGCCAAUGAUAUCAAGAUCGAUGAUUCGAAGGCUGACCAUGAGGUUCAUCGUGAUAUCGCGCCUGAAGUUAGUGAGGAAGCUCCUAAAUCAAGUGAGUCUGUGGAGAUUGAUGAGCUGGCGGAAGACAAGAUCAAGGAGGCCAAAGAGCAGCUCAUAGCCGAGGAGGCACCUGCUGUUACUGCCAAGGAUAUCAAGAUCGAUGAUUCGAAGGCUGACCAUGAGGUUCAUCGUGAUAUCGCGCCUGAAGUUAGUGAGGAAGCUCCUAAAUCAAGUGAGUCUGUGGAGAUUGAUGAGCUGGCGGAAGACAAGAUCAAGGAGGCCAAAGAGCAGCUCAUAGCCGAGGAGGCACCUGCUGUUACUGCCAAGGAUAUCAAGAUCGAUGAUUCGAAGGCUGACCAUGAGGUUCAUCGUGAUAUCGCGCCUGAAGUUAGUGAGGAAGCUCCUAAAUCAAGUGAGUCUGUGGAGAUUGAUGAGCUGGCGGAAGACAAGAUCAAGGAGGCCAAAGAGCAGCUCAUAGCUGAGGAGGCACCUACUGUCACUGCGGCUGAUAUCAAGCUAGACAAGAAUGAGACAAGGGUGGUGAACGAGUCAACUGAAGAUGCUCUGGAACUUGCGACGGAAAAGGACGGAAAGGACAAUGAGUUCUCAGCCACAGCUCUAGAAAGCUCCACUAAGUCAAUCGUUCAAGAGGCCGACGAGCCACUGGAAAAGGCUUCGGCGAAGAACCUCGAUACUACUGCGGAUGAUGAAAUCUCAGGAACCACGGAGAGCAAAGAAGUUCCCUCUGAAGAGGAGGAGACGAAGCCCAAUUUGGUUUCUGAACCAGUACCAAACGUCUCUGACAAGGAAGAGGCAAAGGAUAUCAAGGCUGAGGAAGAUCCCACUCCUGAAGACAAAGAUGCUACAGAAGAGGAAGAGCGCAAACCAAGCCUUAUAACCGAAGGCGGUAUUGAAGAAGACGAGCAUGCUGCAGAACCAGGACAGAAACUUGAUAAAUCUGUCGACGAAGAAGGUAACUCUGUCGAGGAGAAGAGCGAGACCGUCAAGGAUGGUGUCGAGACUGACGAGCAUGGAGCCAAGGUUCCUGUGAUCGACUUUGAAAAAGAGAAGGAGAAUGUCGCCCCUGAGACAGACGCUCCGGCCACUCAGCCUUCUCUCAUUGGCGAAACUGCCAACGACGACAAGGAGCUUGAAGCAGAGGAUGCCGAGGCUGCUGAAGCUACUACCGGCAAGGAUGUUCCUGAGCCAGCUACUGUGGUGGAGAAGGAGGGGUCAAAGUAUGACUCCGAAAAAGACACGACGAUAGAGCCUGCUAGUGAGACCGCCUUGCCAAAGGAAGCUGCAUCUACGGAACCUGAAGCUGACAGGGAGCUCAAGAAGGAUGAAGGCGACGUUGUCGAGGAGAAGGCACCAGAGACAGAAGGUGAGAUCGUGGACAUCAAGAAUGACGACGUUCCUACCGACAGUCAAAAGGUGAAGGCCACCGAAAUCGUCGCUGAAGAGGAGCAGGAGAAGCAGGGCGCUGACGACGAAAGCCCAGAGCAGGAAUCCGAGGCCCAGGAGCUGGAGGCUGCAGAUGCUCCUACGGAAGAGACGACAAAUGACGCCGAAGAGGAGGAGGCAGCGCAGGCUUCCAAGGAGACGACAAAGGAUGCUACAAAGGACGAAGCAGUAGUAAUUUCUACAAAGGAGGCUGAAGAGGAGGAAUUGCCCAAAUCUGAGAAGACUUCCACUACAGCUCCCACAGAUGUCAAGGACGACUCUGAAGUCAAGGACAAGGAAGUGGUGCAGGAAAAGAGCACACCUCAGGCCGCCAGCCAGGGAUGGUUUGGCCUGAUCAAGCAGGGUCUCGGUGCUGUUGUUGGCGGAGGUGCUGCCGCUGCUGCUGCCGAUACCAAAAAGGACGACGAGUUUGGCGUUUCUCAGGAAGAAUUACGCAAGCACCUCCAGUCCUUGCCAGUUUACAUCUACACGUCGCUUGCUGGCGGCAUGCAAAUUAUGCAGAGAACCAACCGUCUUACGACAAUUUUGACAGCCAAUGGCGUGAAGUUUGAGUACAGGGACUUGGGCACCGAUGAGGAGGCCAAAAAGAUCUGGAGAAGGUAUGCCCUGGGCAAGACACUUCCUGGAGUGGUGAGAGGAGACGAUUUUAUUGGCAACUGGCAGGAGAUUGAUGAGCUCAACGAAGAGUACAUGCUCACACAGAGACUCUGGGAGGAACUCUAG